GGGAGCACGAAGACCGUGCCGCCCCGCCUGUCCCGGGUGAAUGGCUGGUCGUGGCCCCUCCACGUCUUGCAGCUCAUGGUCUGGACCCUGAUCCUGACCCUGACCUUCUCCACCUUCGCCAUCUUCAUCCCCUUCCUGCCGCUUGAGUUGAGAUUCUACACCUAUAGUGUGACUGGCGGGAUUCUCGUCUUUCACGUGUUUGUCCAUCUGAGCACCAUUUCCAUCGACCCGGCCGAAAGCAACGUGAGGCUCCGGAAGAUCUUCUCUGAGCCUGUGUCUUCUUUCGACCGAUCCAAACACGGGGGUGUCAUCCAGAACCAGUACUGCCGCCUGUGUGAGGUCGCCGUGAGCCCAAAGGCGAAGCAUUGCAGUGUCUGCAACAAGUGUGUGUCAGGCUUCGACCAUCACUGCAAAUGGCUUAACAACUGCGUGGGCGCGAGGAAUUACUGGUACUUCAUGGCCUCGGUGACCUCCGCCUUGGCCGGUCUGGUGUGCAUGAUCGCCAUCACGCUCUUCACCUUGGUGCAGUACUUUCUGGAUCCCGCCCGCCUGCGCUCGGACCCACACUACCUGAGUGUCCCGGAAAAAGACGUGUGGCUGCUGUUCCUGCCUCUUUUCCCAGUGAGGACGAACACCACUGUCCUCCUGGUCCUCUGCGUGUCGGUGCUGCUGCUGGAGCUCGUCAGCCUCAUGCUUCUUGGUCACCUCUUCUGUUUCCACCUCUACCUGAGGAUCAGGAAGCUGACCACAUUCGAGUACGUCAUGCGCAGCCGCCGGAGGCUGGAGGAACAGCGCCUGGCAGGGAGGAGAGAUGUGGCCUUACACAUGGAAGGGUUGUCCCAGCAGGAAAGGUACCGGAGGUCCCCGAUCCUGGGCUGGGAGAGGCGCAGGGAGUACAUCCCACCUUCCAGGCGCCUGAGCGUAUUCCCCGACAGCCCCGUGCCGCCAGGGAUCGCCUUGCUGCGGAAGGACCCGAUCAUCAGCCAGAAUUCAUCUCUACGCAUGAAGGCCCUGGAUAUCCUGCCACUACCUGUGGACCGCAGGCAGGACUCGGCCGUCGUCCAUGGCGAGAGCUCCCUGCUGCUGCUGCAGGGACUGGACGCCAGCCUGGGUCUGCCCGUCGUGGGCAGGGUGAAGCAGGAGGCGCUCCCGCCGCUGCCCUCCAGGAACCCAAGUCUGUGUUCCCUCAGCAGCAUCUGCCCAGAGAGCUCCCCGAAGCUCCAGGUGAAGGAUCAAGAAGAAAUAAGUCAACCUGUGGAAGGAGACGUGGCUGAAAACCAAGGCUCCGCUUCGGGAGCCCAGGGACCCGCACCGGCCGAGAGCCCCAUCCAGGAGUCCCUCUCCAUCAUGAUCCCCCCUGAGGAGACAGAUCUAAAUACCAUCAGCCUCCCUUCCCCCCUGCAGGCCCCCAACAAGGUCGUGUGCUCCCAGGGGCACCACGACAUCCUCACUGGCCACAGGAAGCCCUGCAGCGUGGAGUCCACGGUCAUCAACAUCCCCGGCAUGGUGGACGACGAGCUGGUCACCCACGAGGUGCCCCAGGCGUGGGCAUUUGUGCCAUCCUUUCAUCUGCCCACGACCCUGUCUGUCAUCCAGGAGGAAGAGAGCGAGAUAGAGUUGACCCCUGUCGUCAGCCUGGAGGAGGGCUGCAACCCCAAGGAGGACACUGAGCCCACCAGCUGCAGUGAGGCCACCGUGAUCACCAUGCCCGAGGACCCUGAGCUCAGCGACGGGGCUCCUCCGCAAGUAUAGAGCCAGCGUGUCCCGCAGGUUCCCAGGACACCCCCUCCCUCCCGCGCUGCCCACACAGCCCAGCCUCAGUUCCACCUGCAGGAGGAGACUGGGACCUGCCGUCCACCUUCGGAACCCCCCGUCCACCUUCAGACCCUGCCGUCCACCUUCAGACUCAGAGGUCCACCCUCAGGCCACGCGGUCCACCUUCAGACUGUGCGCCCUCCGUGAGAGUCAACAGGGAAGAGAGAGCACCAGCCCUUCUGCUUCUGGCUACAUGGGAAGAGUUUCAUGAACUCUGCAUUUCACUCAUUCCAGAAGCUGUAUUUUAAAGACUUUCAUAGUUUUCUAAACAUGUCUAUAUUUUACUCCAGAAAGAAAGUGGAUUCAAGAUGGACUGCGUGCCAUGUUUUUACUCUGUUGAUUAUUAAUGUUUUUAACUGUAUGAAUUUAAGUAGCUUUUAAGAAAAUUCUUUAGAAUUCCUUAGUAAGUUUUAUAGGAAGUAAUACAAGUGAAUUUUA